UUUUCGGCUGCACGUGUGCGGUAUUGAGCAGUUUUGUUUUGUUUCAUGAACCCGGUUUAAUUUUCCUAAAAACUCGAUUUAAAGCCAUGGUGGCCAAGGGAAAGAAGGCCAGUGCCGAUGCGGUAUACGCCAAAAAGACGGUCAAGUCGUCCAAUCCGUUCGACAACUCCGCAGCGCAGUCGAGUAAGAAGGGACAGAAUCCCUUCGAUAUUCACGUGAACAAGGAAAAGUUCAAGAUUUUGGGGAGGAUUUGCAAGCAUGACAGAGGAAUGCCGGGUGUAUCGAGGGCCAAGGCCCUCCAAAAGAGAGCUCAAACAUUGGGUCAACAGUUUGCGGUGAAACACAAGACCAAUCGGUUUAAGGACAACCGAAUUGGCAAGCACUUAAGCGGAGAUCAGCUGACGGAAUCCGUGAUGAAUGCUCGAUACUUGGCCGAAAAGAUGUCACAGGUGCGCUCAAAUCAAAAGGCAGAAAAGUUCAACCUCAACGACGACGAACUGCUGACGCACAGGGGCCAAACUCUGGAGGAGAUUGAACAGUACAGAGAUGAACGCUCCGACGAUGAGGAGCUGGAUGACGAGCGACUUGAUGCCGACUUCACAUCUGCCGCCCACUUCGGUGGCGAUGGCGACUCCCCACAGGAUCGACAGGCAGCCAUUGAUGAGAUGAUUGUGGAGCAGAAACGCCGCAAGAACGAAAUCGCCAAGGAGAAGGAUGAGGUUUACGAUCUCACAGAGAAACUGGAUGCCAAUUACAAACUUCUCCUGCCACUGGUUGCGAAGGCCACCAAGGACGAACAAGACGCCAAACCACCGCCAGAUGCCUACGAUAAACUGCUCAAGGAGAUGAUCUUCGAGCCGCGUGGCAGUGUCACGGAUAAACUUAUCAAUCCCGAUGAGUUGGCCAAACAGGAAGCUGCCCGCCUGGAGAAGCUAGAGAACGAGCGCUUGCGCCGCAUGAAAGCUGAGGGCGAGGAGGAUGAGGAGGCCUCCAUUUUAAAGCCCAAACAUCGUUCUGCAGAUGACCUCGAUGAUGGGUAUUUCUUGGCUGGUGGGGAUGAUGAGGACGAUGGUACACUGGCCUACGAUUUAGAGGGCAACCUUGGCACUCAUUUAAAUGGAAAAAAGGAAGAGGAAAAACAAGAUGAGGAGGAAAAUGGCGAAGAGGGCGAAGAAGAAGAGGAGGACGAUGAUUCUAAUGAGGAGAGCGAUUCGGAGGUCGAUAAUCUCAGCGAUCUUAAGGAAUCUGAAAGUGAAUCUGAAGCAGAAGAAACUUCUCAAGUUGGCAAGAAGAAAGAAAAGAAGUCAGUGGAGAAAUUUCCUGCCUCUUUGGACACCAGCAUACCUUUCACCAUAAAAAUGCCAAAGACCUACGAGGACUUUACGGAACUCCUUUCUAAACAUGCUGCUCCCCAACAGGCCACCAUCAUCGAAAGGAUAAUAAAAUGCAAUCAUCCCAAACUGGAAGGUGUAAAUCGGGAGAAUAUCGUGAAGCUGUACUCCUUUUUGCUGCAGUAUAUUAAGGAUUUGUUUGAGGAUGCCAGCGAGCUGGACAUUCGUGAACAUUUCCAACUGCUUUCCAAACUUAUGCCACAUUUUUAUGAGUUAACGCAAUUGAAUCCCGAGCGCAUGUCAAAUACUUUAUUGGAAGUUAUUAAGGAGAAAUAUGGAGAGUUCAAGAAGAACCACAAGACUUAUCCUUCACUAGAGACUCUAAUUUACUUCAAGCUGGUUGCCAACAUAUAUUCCACAUCGGAUUUCCGCCACCCGGUGGUAACUCCUUGCUUUAUUUUCAUGCAGCACAUACUGUCUAGAGCGCGAGUGCGAACGCGUCAGGAAAUAUCAAUGGGACUGUUCUUGUUUCCCGUGGUCCUGGAAUUCGUGGCACAAUCGAAGAGAAUCCUUCCAGCUGCUUUCAAUUUCCUGCAAGGCAUUCUACACAUGUCCAUUCCCAAACGGGAUGUAGAACAGUUGGAAAUCACACCUCCCUUCGAACGUGAUGGGCCUUUGAGCAAACUCCUGGCACUUUCAACUGAUAAAGAAAGCAAGACUUUGGAGCCCCAACAACUACAGGCUGCAGAUUUGGUCUCUCAAACAAUCUCGACAGAUUUUAAGGUCCGCGCUUUGGACACAACCCUACAGUUGAUCAAGGAAGCUCUUAAUUUGGUGGAGGAGCAUGUGGGCUCAUGCUACUUAGCCCAACCCUUCCUUCGAUUACUCUCCCGCCUUCCACUUGAAUUCUACCCCGACCAUGUCCAUCUCCACCACAAGGAAGUCACCGAGUUGGCGCAAAAGUUGGCUGAACAGAAAAUGAAACCUCUUUCUCCGGCGGAAAGGAAGACUAAGGCUCUAAGGCUACUGGAGCCACGAUUCGAAGUGGUUUACGACGACAAACGGCGACCCAAGAUGUCCAAGGCGAAGGAGGAGCGAGCGAAACUGCUGCACAAGAUUAAGCGAGAGAAGAAGGGUGCCAUCCGCGAGAUUCGCAGAGAUACAGCCUUCGUCCAGGAGCUCAAGCUCAAACAGACGCUGCAAAGCGACAAGGAGCGCCACGAAAAGGUCAAGCGGAUCUACCAGGAGGCCUCCAUGCAGCAGGGCGAGCUCAAUGAGUUGGCUCGCGCCAAAAAGAAGAAAAAAUUCUAGAUGUUCUCCAGUUAAGUUGAUUGUGAAUUAGUUUUUAGCUAGACUAGACGCUGAGCUGAGAGUAAAGAGCAGCGCAUUGCUGUUUCUAUUUUAAAAUCAA